AUGCGUGGCGGGGGUGGUGGUGGUGGUGGCGGCAGCAGCGGCGGAGACGGUGGUGGUGGUGCCAGCGGUGGUGGUGGAGGCAGCGGCGGAGGUGGAGGCGGCGGAGGUGGAGGCAGUGGAGGCGGCAGCCGAGGAGGCAGUAGUGGUGUAGGAGGUGGAGCUGGUCGGGGUGGUACCCAGCAGCGUAGCGGCGGUGGUGGUGGCCAGCGCUCGCACCGGCAGCAGCAGCAGCGCUCGCGGGACAUCCCUUCGCCUCAUCAGCUUCGUGAGUGGUACGCUGGGCGUCAGAGGGGUGGGGGUACUGGUCCCUGCACCUACGUUCUUCGUUCCGGCGACCGCGCGGGUGAGCAGUGUGGGGGUGCCCACGCCACCCAGCGCUGCUUUGGCCGCCUGACGGACGCUUGGCGUCAGCAGUUCCCUGGGGCUAGUGAGAUCCCUCGCUGGGAUGAGCUUCUCAGGGCUGGUGUAGCGAUCUUUGAUCUUGAUUUUGAUGCUAUCCUUACUGCUAUGUAUGUUGUGGAUUAUAGUGAGGAGAAUGAGGGUUACCGGUGUUUUCAGCCCGACCCGGGCAUUGGUACUGCUGCGCUAGGUGCUUGUGAGGCUGCUGCUCUAGGUGCCAGUGCGUCUGCGCUCUCAGGUACUGGUGAGACUGCGCUCUCAGGUACUGAGUCGUCCUCGUCCUCCCUCACUUUCACACUUGACUCCGGAGCUUCUCGCUCCUUCUUUCGAGACCGCACUACCCUUUCGCCGCUCGCCAGGCCGGUUGCGGUCUCCCUUGCUGACCCCUCUGGGGGUCCUGUCCUGUCUCACUUCUCCACUGUCCUCCCGUGUCCGGCUGCCCCUUCGGGCACCCUGUCGGGUCUGUACCUUCCCUCGUUCUCUACGAACUUGGUGAGUGGAGCGGACCUGCAGGAUGGGGGUGUUCACCAGUUCACUCCUGCGCGUCAGAGGGUGACCCACUGCACGGAGGCUCGCACAGGCCGACACCUGGCCACGUUCUCACGUCGGCCGGGGUCGAGUCUCUACACCCUGACCGUUGAGUCUCCUCCUGUCCCUGCGUCUGGUCAGGUGGCUGCGUCGGGUCAGGUACUUGCUGCUGCGUCCCGGACCUUCCUGUGUCCCCUGUGUCGAGGGUCGCCUCCGGGCUACUCCUCACUCCUCCCACUUCCCCCCGACAGAGGCUCCCCUGCAGACGCUUCACAUGGAUGUGUGGGGCCCAGCCCCCGUCCGUGGGCAGGGUUACGAGCGCUACUUCCUGUUGGUGGUUGA